AUGUCAGAGAAGAUGUCCGACCUCGAGAAGGCCGAUGCAUCGACUCAUCGAUCACCUUCCACCGUCGAACUGGGUAUCAGCCAACCAGUCAAUGCUCUUCAGCGCUUCUGCAACAAGCUCGAUGCGGUAUGUGGUGUCGAGGCCAGAGGCAUUGAGAGGAUUCCAGAGGAGCUGCGCGAGCGAGACAUGUCAUUGAAAGACUACGUCCACAUGUACACCAUUUGGUUCUCCAUGAAUUGCACAGCCAACCAGUUGACUCUGGGUGUACUCGGACCUAUCAGCUAUGGCUUGGGCUUGAAGGACUCGAUCCUCAUCUGCAUGUUUGGCACCAUAUUCGGUUCUGUCUGCACCGGUUACAUCUCGACAUUCGGCCCUCGAUCAGGACUUCGCACACUCAACGUCGCCAAGUACACGAUGGGAUGGUGGCCAUCCAAGCUCUGUGUCAUUUUGAACCUCGCGAUCGAGAUUGGGUACGGUCUCAUUGACUGUCUGGUUGGUGGCCUACUGCUUUCUGCUGUGAAUGGUGGCGGCAUGUCUGUCAUUGUCGGUAUCGUCAUCGUUGCACUCAUCACCUGGGUUGUGGUUACUUUCGGUAUCAAAUGGUUCUACAAGUUCGAACAGUUCGUUUGGGCGCCCACUGUCCUUGUCCUUUUCGUACUGAUUGGCGUUGCUGGCCCGCACUUCGACACCCACACAGCGUCACGCGGAACUGGCGCUGUUCUUCACGGGAACCGCCUUUCAUACUUCUUCCUUGUCGCAUCCGGACCGCUCAGCUGGUCUUCCGCAUCCGCCGACUAUGUCGUGUACUAUCCCAAGACCACCAACCGAUGGGGCACCUUUGCGGCAACAACAUGUGGCAUUACCACUGGCAAGCUCCUCAUUGAGUUUCUCGGCAUUGGUCUUGGCUCUGGUCUGCUCCUGAACCCGAACUGGGAAAAAGCGUUCAACGACCACGGUAUCGGUGCCCUCGUCGUUGAGUCUUUCAGUCCUCUCAACGCUUUUGGCAAGUUCUGCUGUGUUAUCCUGACCGUCUGCAUCGCAGCAAACAACAUUCCGGGGACCUAUGCAGCAGCACUCAACUGGCAACAGCUUGGCGCACCGUGGGCUAAGAUCCCUCGUCCAAUCUGGAGUACGUUCACCUGCAUUGUCUUUACGAUCGUCGCUAUUGCCGGACGCGACUCGCUGUUUGACAUCUUCAUCAACUGGCUGAGUCUGAUCGGAUACUGGACAAUCAUCUGGAUCACUAUGACCAUUCAGGAUGAGUUCAUCUUCCGCAAAGGCAACUUUGACUGGGAGAUUUGGAACCGCAAGGAUCUGCUUCCGCAUGGCUUUGCAGCGCUGCUGGCUUUCAUCGUUGGCUGGGUUGGUGCUGUCUUGUGCAUGUAUCAGACGUACUUUACAGGACCUAUUGCAGCGCUUGUUGGUAACGGUGCAGAUUUGGGACUGCCUGUUGCGUGCGGCUUGACGAUGAUUAUUUACCCUCCUGCUAGGUGGCUGGAACUGAAGUAUGUUGGAAGGUAG